AUGAAGUGUUGAAAAGACCAAUGUGAAAAUAAGUUGGAAUUUGUUUGCCCAUGCGCAAAUCCUCCUGCUUAUUCAUGUGAUACACAUAUUGCUGCCCAUAUGAAAACUGCAUCUAAUUCUAGGCAUCUUCCAGAGCCCUUAACAAUUUCACCAAAUCCAGAAACAAAAAGAGCUCUUAUUGAUUGUCUUCACAAGUCGCUAUCUGACUUAUAUGAGCUAAGGAGAAAAACUGUUUUAGAUUUUUCAAUGCAAAUUAAGCAAAUUAAUGAGAAAAUGAAAAUUGUAUUGGAAUCAUUUGACGAAUUUAUAAAAAAUCAACGCAAAAUAAUUUCUGAAAUACAGAUAGUAAAAGUAAUGUCAAAUUCCAGAAAGACUCAAAUAGAUAAAAUACUGGCUGCAGAGCCAGAAGAAGCAAUUAACCUCCUUAAAGGUACUUUUGAUAUUUUUGAUAGAUUCAACUUCUUUAUAGACGGUGUAGGAAUAUUAUCAAAAAUAGAGCCUUUCAAAAAUGAAUGAAAUAAGUUUAUUAUUUUCCGCGAUGGAUCCAAAAAAAUUGUGAAAACAGAUUUAAAUAAUAAUUAUUCAUCAAUUGAAUUCAAUAUCUAA